CUCUCGAUCUCUCUCCCGCGGCUCUCCCAACUUUCCUUCCCGCUGCUCUCCCUCCCUCCUAUGAUGGAUCCGAUGGCUUUCAAACCUAAAAGAUUCUUGAGUGGUGGAGGAGGGGAAGUGUUUGAUAUAACGGGAAACAGGGAAAUAAAGAUGAUGCCUUUUGGGGCAGGGAGGAGGAUUUGUCUUGCUUCUGGUUUGGCAAAUGCUUCAUUUGGCAAUGCUUCAUUGUUUUUGGCAUGCCAUUUCUCAGGUUGUUAAGGAUCUUGGGUUUGAGCUUCCACCAGCAGGGGAAUAUGCUGUUGGCAUGUUCUUUUUGCCCAAAUCGGAGAGUAGAAGGGAAGAAAGCAAAAAUGUGUUCACAAAGGUAAUUUUGAGGAUGAAAGUUUUGCUCUGUUUGCAUUUGUUUGUGGUUCGUGAUUGCCCAAGGGUCUUUGAGGGAUAUUAUUGGAGAUGGGGACGAAGGACGGUCUUGGAGAUAUAUAACGAAGAAAUUUUUGAUCUUUUGUCCAGCAACGGUGGAGGAGGAUUAGGCCUUGGAUGGCCUAAAGGCAGUGCAUCCAAGGCUGAUGUUCAAAUUGGUUUUGUAACAAAAGGGGUCAACUUUUUAUCAGAAUGAGGGACUUGGCAUGACCAAUUCUAGUUUCCCACUGCAGC